AUGUCGGGAAAUUUCACUCAUUUGAUAGCCAAGAAUUGUCAAAGACAACAGAAAAGUCAGGAGUAGUCAAACCAUCUUGAGCCAACUGGUUUCUGGCAGGAUAGGCUGGCUGAUGUUGUGACCCCACUCUGGAGGGUGAGAUAUGAAGAACAGCUUAAGCCUGUCGUCAAUGGUUACCGAAAUAAAUCCACCUUCCCUGAAGGAGGUCCUAAUGGCAAUCCAAAGACUGUGGGAUACUAUCUAGGAACUUGGAAAGAUGGGGCUGAACAUUGUGUAUGAUCUAAUUAUCUGAAAAAUAUUCCUGAGAAACAUAGUCAAGUGGCACAAGUAUAUGAAGUAUUCCUUCGACAGUCCCUCAUGGAACCCUGUCUUCAGUUUUAUGAAGGUGGGCACUGGCAUGAGCUCACAGUCCGUACCAAUAAUCAAGGACCCACAGUCACCAUAGUCAUUUUCCAUCCCCAGAACUUAAGAAAGGAGAAGCUUGAUGUUCAGAAGGAAACUCUAAAGGAGUUUUUCACAAAAGGGUUAGGAGCAGUCUGUGAUUUGACUUCAGUGUACUUCUGUUUGCAUUAUGUCAUGUGGUUCUCUCCUGCAGGAAUCACCAACUGUGAAUUCCACUCUGGAUGAACAGAGAUUUUGCCACAGCUAUUAUAUGCUCCCAAUGGGCUGAUUCUGAGCUCACUUCUCCACUAUUCCCAUCUAGUGCUCGAUCAUCAGAUGGUUCAGGCCAUUAGCAACUGCAGCACUGUCUGCACAACAGUUUUUGUUUCCUGCGAGCCCCAUGGUGAAACCAUAAGAAACAUCAUUGCGCUGUACUGUCCUCCAGACUCAGCUAAGAACCUCCUGGGUAAGUUUUUCAUGCCAAGACAAGCUGUGGAUCUGUUUCACUAUAUUCCACACUGUGAGCUUGUGCUUAUCUUCAAUCAAUCAACAACUCCUACAUGA